AGCUAGAUUAGAAUAAGUGACAAAUUAAUUAAGGGGUAAAGAGAAAGUGUGUCAUUAAGAGAGAACUAAUGACAAUUGAAACAAUGGCACCUGUAGCAGCACCAACACCAGCAGCCACAGCAGUAGCACCAGCAUCAGCACCAGCAGCUGCACCAGCAACCAACAACAAUAACAAUGAGGCUCAGAAAAAGAGUAACAGAAUUCAAGUGUCGAACACCAAGAAACCCCUCUUCUUUUAUGUCAACCUUGCUAAGAGGUACAUGCAGCAGCAUAAUGAGGUUGAGCUUUCUGCUUUGGGAAUGGCCAUCACUACGGUUGUCACAGUUGCUGAGAUUUUGAAGAAUGGUGGAUUUGCCUUGGAGAAGAAAGUUUUAACAUCCACAGUUGGAAUGAAAGAUGAGGCCAAAGGCCGCAUGGUUCAGAAAGCAAGAAUUGAGAUAGUGUUGACGAAGAGCGAGAAGUUCGACAAGCUGAUGACACCAAACAACAAUAAUAGUGACCGUGCAGUAGCACAAGAUGGUGCAGCAACCAACAAGAAUACUACUAUUGCCAAUGACAAUAAGGAGCAAACCAAGAAGUAGAAUUACUUCUUGUCUAUGCUCAAAUCUCAUUCUUACUGUAUCUCAGUCUAGAUAUGAGGAUGCUACAUAUCAUACUAUUCUGCUAUUAUUUCUUAUUAUACUUUUUAUUAUUAUUACUACUAUUAAGUUUAAGUUAGAGAGGCUAAACACAGAGUGACAGCAAAGGCAACCCUCAACAAGAGUGUUGUUUGUGAGUUGUGGCUUUUUAGGAUUUGCCUCCAUAUAACUUAUAGAGUUUGUCACAUUUUGCAGUUCCCUUUUUCAAACUUGUAUCUCCCAAAGAUACAGCACAUAUAUAAUAUGAUUGCUGUUUUGUUAGUUUAAUUCUGCUGCCUCUACACAUUGCUCUAGCCAUUUUGUUUGGAUACUUUAUUUUCUCCAUUCUUUAGUUUUUCUGUUUUGAGCUAUGUUGCUCAGACUCUUCAAAAGUAAUAUCGUACGUGUGACUGACCAAAAUGCACAACUUUUGGAUGAUCCGACAGGCCCCUAGACAUUUUGGAAGAGUCCGAGCACACAUGUUUUCCAAAAAAGUAGGGGAUUCUACUUUUUUCAUAGUUUUAUUAAAGGAAAGCCAUCCUGACUGAAGAAAUCUGAAAAACAAGAAUAAUAGCAGAUUAGAUAGAACAAAGUUUAUCACAACAAAUUCAAUAAUCCACUAUAUUAAAAUCAGGACUCAAGCCACUCCAGCAGAACUUUACAUCAAAUUCUCUUGAAUUUCAACUUUACAUGCAAUCUUUACUCAAACCUAUGUAGUAAAAUGAAUCAAAAAGGGGGGAAAAAAAAAAA